ACGGUUCUUCUUCUUGCCGUGAGGCACUCUCCCGAAAUUCCCAAAUUCUUUUGAUUUAUCUACAAAUCCACUCAAAGUUUAGAUAGAUCACAACAACACAAGAAGAGAUUUUCGGAUUUGAAGCCCUUAUCAAGAGUCGCAGAGGAAGUUUUCGAAGUCGAUUCAAAUUGGGAGUCCUGAUAUUUUAAAGGUAUGAAUCUAGCCUUAAAAGAGGGAAGAUGUGUAAAGAACUAGAUUAGUUUUAGAAUUUCAAAUUCUAAUAGGGUUAGAUUAUUAUCUGUAAUUUUAGGGAUUGAGAUAAGAAUUUAGAAUUAGAAAAGGGUUUGGGUUCUCCCUGUUUCUGUAUAAAAGGGGAAGCUUCGGCUUUGAGAGGGGAGGUCGAAAAUUGAGGGAAAUUGGGAAAAAUUGAGGGAGAAGGGGAGAAAAUUGGUGAAGCUCAGAAGGAAUAUUGGAGAAGGAGAAAGAGAGCAAAUGAGAAAGGCAAAUCAGAAACUUGUACUUGGGGGUUCAAGAAAUAAAGUCUUGAUUUUUCCUAUUUUUCUGCAGGUGUGCAUCAUUCUUAAUUUGUUCUUCUGCGAUUCCUUUUUGUUAUACUCUGUUCUUUCUUCCUCUCUUUGGUGAUUGGUAGUUGCUUGAUUUCCCUUUUAAACUGUUUAUUUCCAUGUUUUGCUUGAAAUUAAUCUUGAAUCGAGAAAAAAAAAUGUCAUGGAAUAUUAAUUGUUGGGAAUUCUACCAGUAAGGCAGAAUCUUGUUGGGAGUUCUACCAGUAAGGCAGAAUCUUGUUGGGAGAAGUCAGUUUGUUUGUUUUUGUUUACCCAUAAAGGAUUUAUUUUCGG